AUGUCGGGGAAACGUUUGGAUCCGUUUUACGAUCCGCCGACGGCUUCAUCAAGCGGCGAAGACGAGGCGGAGUCUUCAACCGGAGAAGGCGGAGAAGUCGAAGGAAACUCAUCGUCUGAAGAAGAUGAUGUUGAGUCCUCUAAAAUCCCAGCCGCGAAGAAACCAGGAGCUGCUCUCGCUGCCACGGAGAAGCAGCAAGUUCCCGAUUCCGAGUCCGGGUCGGAGGAAGAAACCGAUACCGACUGUGAAACCGAGAGAAAAGACCCGGUUAAGGCUCCACGACCCUCCGUUGCGAAACCUGUCGCCGAAGCCAAGGAUUCGGUAGUGGCGAGGAAUCAGGAUUCCAAAAAGGCUAAACCUUCCGCGAAAUCCGCGUCCAAGAAGCGACCGAGCGAGACGGAUGGCGCAGCGGCAGCCUCGACGGAAGCGAAGAGAGUGAAGAAGGUUUCAGGGGAAGAGGAGAAAAAGAGCGGUGGAGGCGAAGAGACGAAGAAGACCUACUUUCAGCGGCUUUGGAGUGAAGAAGAUGAGAUUGCGGUUUUACAGAGGCUUAUUGAUUGCAAAGCUGAUACUGGUGCAAACCCUCUCGAUGACAUGACUGGGUUUUAUCAGUUGGUGAAGAAAUCCAUUAGCUUUGAUGUUAGUAAAACCCAGUUCACGGAGAAGCUCAGGAGCUUGAAGAAAAAGUUUGAGAACAAUCUUGGAAAAGGGAAGAACGGAGAGGAGCCGACAUUCUCCAAACCUCAUGAUCGCAAGGCCUUUGAUCUGUCCAAGCUCAUCUGGGGAGCUAAUGGGAUGGCUCUGGAAUCAGCUGUGAAAUCUAAUGGGAAGCCGAAGAAGAGCCGUAAGUCGAAGAAAGUUGAGCCUGUGAAGCAAGAGCUUGUCUCUUCUUCUCCCAAUGGUAAGAAAUGUGAAGAAGAGGUGGCUAAUAAAGGAGAAGUAUCGAGUAUCGCAGAGCUGGAUGCUUUGGCGAAGUCUGUUCUUGUGAAGUCACUAGCGCGUUUUGGUGUGGACGAUCUCGCUGCUCAACAAGGUUGGAGCAGGCUUGGCUCAGAGGAUAAGAAGAGAUUCGAGGAGCAGUGGAAAGCUUUGCAGCUUAGGGAAUUCGAGUUCUAUUCGCAGAAGAGCGGUUUCAUUCAUGAGGUGGUGACAAAGAUGGCUGAAGCAUUUCGACCAAACCCUUAG